AUGAAGGCAACGGCCGGCAGCAGGUGCAGCGGCGGCUCGCUUCCGGUCUCACGCAGAGGAGUUCCGGCCGAAGAGAGGUUCCGGCUUUGUUUGGUACCAGGAGAGAAGAUGCGGGAGCUCCCCCUGGUGUCCAUCUUCUGCUCCUGCAUGAUGCCCCGCACCACAGAGGAGGAGGCCCCCCACCAGCAAGCCGCCGGCGUGGUGGACCUGAACCUGUGCGACAUCCGGGACGUGGAGGUGCUGGAGCUGGGCCGGGGGGCCCGGGGGGGCCAGGCCUUCGAGGUCAUCCUGAGGCCCCCCAGCUUCGACGGCGGGCCCGAGCUCACCUCGCCCCCCCGCCAGAAGCCGUCCCUGGAGGACAUCCUCAGGAAGCUGGACGCCGCCCAGGAGAGGAGGAAGUGCCAGGAGGCGGAGCUCCUGAAGCACCUGGCUGAGAGGAGGGAGCACGAGAGGGAGGUGGCCCAGAAGGCCCUGGAGCACCGGGCCGAGAGGAGGGAGCAGCGCCGGGGGCACCUGAACGCCCCGCAGGAGGUGUCCUGA